CAUUGGUAUUGUUGUUGCUUGUUGGUUGUGCUUGUGCUGGUGCUGGAGUCUCGCAGUAGCCAGCGCUGGCUGAUGGACCGCGGGCGCUAAACUCCACAACAGAGAAUGAUCGAUGCGCUGGCAGCGCGUUUCGCGUGCAUUUAGUCGAAAUUUUGACGGUCGAGUGACAAGGUGCGCCGCGACGCGAUACUCCCCGAAUAAAAACCCGAAAACCUGAAACACCCGAGAGCAAGGCUACCCCCACCUGACUGAUUUGCCAGGAUAAGCCAGAGAGCGCGGAAACAAGUGUACCCCAAGGGCUCUGUAUCGGAAACUUGAGCGGAAAGUGAAGUUGUGACAAGUGCUAAGAGGAUUGAUUAUAGCAGAGUUUACGCAAAGUGGACUUCCAGAGAUUCGUCUCUUUCGCCCUCCCAACUCUCAAGGGAGCUCGAAAAGAUUUUCAGUGUUCUUCGGUUCAGCUUGGUUCUGGCCACAGCCCGGAGAGUGGCAGAGAGCGGCAGAGCAGCAAGCAGCGAUUUCGUGGAAGCCGUAAAAAAAAACUCUUCGGAGAGUGGGCCGCCGACGUCUGAGGAGACAGCAGAAGCAGCAUCAGCAUCAGCAUCAGCAUCAGCAUCUGUAUCCCCUCUGUCUCUGGCUCAGCAGCAGCAAAUCCUAAUAGCUGCGCCAGCGACCACGACGACAUCCAUCAAAGCGUUUUUUAUGGCGUCUUGCUUGAAAUUUGAUUAAAAUUCAGCGAUUAACUAAACAACAAACAGCAGCAGCAGUGGAACUUAACCAAAAUACUUGACCCACGGAGGCAGCGACGAAUCACUUUUGGAUUGAAUUGUUGAUCACAUUUCACAUUGGGUGACCGACGACGCCGGGAAUCGAUUUCUUCUUCAGCCUUUCAAUCAUGCCACAUACAGGCCAAGCUGGCAUCAAUCAAUUGGGCGGAGUCUUUGUCAAUGGACGCCCGCUGCCGGACUGCACACGCCUCCGGAUCGUGGAACUGGCCCUGUGCGGAGUCCGCCCCUGUGAUAUCUCCCGCCAGCUGCUGGUCUCCCAUGGUUGCGUCUCCAAGAUACUGACUCGAUACCAUGAGACGGGCUCCAUACGGCCGGGAUCCAUUGGUGGCAGCAAGACCAAGCAAGUGGCCACGCCCACUGUGGUGAAGAAAAUCACUCGCUUGAAGGAGGAGAACAGCGGCAUGUUCGCGUGGGAGAUCCGGGAGCAGCUGCAGGCGCAGCGCGUCUGCGAUCCCAGCUCCGUGCCGUCCAUCAGCUCCAUCAAUCGCAUCCUGCGGCACAGCGGCCUCUGGACGGACGAGAUGACAUCCAGCCAGCAGAAUGCAGCGGCUGCCGCGGCAGCGCAUCAAGCGGGUGCCGGGGGCCCGGGUGGACCGGGAGCUGGCUAUGCCACGCCCUCGCAGCUGUUCGGGCUGCCCAGCAACAACAACAGCAGCCACUCGCCCAAGACGCAGGCAGCAGCAGGCAGCAAUGCCCCGCCCACGGCAACAGCCACGCCCACCGGCGGACGCUACGCAAAGCCUCCAGCAAUGAUGAUGACCCCUACAGGGGGGGAGAUGCCGCUCAAGCCCGCUCCCAAGAUGCCACCCAGUCAUGGGCAUGGACAACAUUCCCACGGACAUGGGCACGGACAUGGGCAUGGGCAUGGCCAUGGACACGGACAUGGUCACGGACAUGGACACGGACAUGGUCAUGGACAUGGACACGGACACGGUGUGAAUGCGAGCGUUUCUGGUGGCGGAGGGAUGUCAGUGCCCAGCCAACUGGGGGGCCUGGAUCUCAGCUACUCGGCCCUGCACAAGCACUGGCUGUGGAACCCCUCGCUGCUGUACUACACGCAGGCCCACAUGCAGGCAGCCGCCACGGGGGCCCAGUUCCUGCCCUACGGCGGUGGCUAUCUGCCCCACGGCAUGGCUGCGGCUGCAGCGGCGGCGGUGGCCGUCGGAGCGUCCAACGGCGGGGGAUUCAUCAAGUCGGAGUGCACGAAUGGCGGGGGAUUCACCAAGUCGGAGAGCUCCAUCGAUCUGUCAACGCCCGGUGCGACUGGCGACGCCCUCAGCGACUGUGAUUCGGGCAAGUCCUCGCCAGCCGCCCUCUCCCUGAACGCUGCGCGGGGACAGCUGCUGAGUCACAGGCAUGGCCACAGUCACAGUCACAGUCACAGUCGAAAGCGGAAUCCCUACUCCAUCGAGGAGUUGCUGAAGAAGCCGGAGAAGCGGCUGCGGCUCAGCAGCGAGUCGCAGGCGAGUCUGAUGGAGGGGCAGCGACGGAGCGAGCACCUGGAGUGCCUCUCCUCCAGCUCGUGCGAGAGCAGCCAGGAUGGCUCCAACGAGGAUGUGCCCCUGCCCGCGAACACUGUCGAGGAGGUGUUGCCCGUCGACGAGGAAGACGAACAGCAGCAGCAGCAGCAGCAGCAGCAGGAGGAGGAGGAGGAGGACUGCAGCGUGGAGGUUGUCAACUAAGGUGGAGCAGCGUCUCCGAAUGUCCCCCAGUUUGAGCCGUGUAUAUAGAUAGUAGCAAUAGAAGCAUUCCCCCUCUCAAGUAUCCCCCCACCCACUAUCUCUAAAUACCAUAUUUAAAUAAAAUAAAGUAUCUUUAUCCGAGUAACACGAGUAAA